AUGGAUCCUUUAAUCUUCCUGGCUGUCCUGUGCUUGGGAAUAGCCUUAGCUUUUCCAACACUUGACCAAGGUUUAGAUAAACAAUGGAACCAGUGGAAUGCAAGACGUGGGAAAGUAAAUGGCACGGGUGAAGAAGGAUGGAGGGGAGGUGUGUGGGAGAAGAAUAUGAAAAUCAUUGAGUGCCACAAUCUAGAAUACAGCCAAGCAAAAUUUAGCUUCACCAUAGCAAUUAACGCCUUUGGAGACAUGAACAAUGAAGAAACCAGACAUGUGAUGAAUGGCUUUUUAAAGAGGAAGCACAAGACAGGGGGCGUGUUCCAGCAACUUCUGCAUCUGGAGGUCCCCGAAGCUGUGGAUUGGAGACAGAAAGGCUAUGUGACUCCUGUGAAGGAUCAGUGUAUUUCUUGUUGGGCUUUUAGUGCAACUGGUGCUCUUGAAGGACAGAUGUUCCAAGAAACUGGCAAAUUUGUCUCACUGAGUGAGCAGACUGUGGACUGUCUUCAGCCUCUCGUCAGUUUUGGCUUUAACAGUGGCCUGAUGUCUUAUACCUUCCAGUAUGUUAAGGACAAUGGAGGUCUGGACUCAGAGGAGUCCUCUCCACAUGAGGCAGUGGAAGGCACCUGUAGGUGCACUCCCAAGAAUUCUGAUGCUACUGUGACUGGCUUUGAACAUAUCCCUACUAAAGAGAAGGCCAAAGAGAGGGCAGCAGCAACUGUGGGGCCCAUCUCUGUUGGUAUCAAUUCACACCAUCAUUCUUAUAGACAUGGCCUGAGUGGCUAUGGGAUGAUGGCCAAAGACCGGAACAACCACUGUGGAAUUGCCUCAUAUGCCGACUCUCUGACCGUGUGAGCUGAUGGACGGUGAUAAAGCACGUGACUGGAAAUGCAUAUCCAGAGGAAGAGAUUUAUCUUCAGACCUACCAGACCACACUGUGUGGAUGUAACUCUUGGAUCUUUGAAGAUGCAAGUGAUGAUUUGA